AUGGCAACAAACCAGAAAGAUGCUAUUGUUAUUGGAGCGGGAAUUUCUGGUCUGGUUACAGCAAAAACUCUCAAAGAAGACAAUUUUGCUGUGACUAUCAUAGAAAGAUCUUCAGAUAUUGGAGGUCUGUGGACUUUCAGAGAGAACGAUUAUGGGGUGAUGAGCUUCACUCACAUAAAUGUCAGCAAGUACAACUAUGCCUUCUCCGAUUUCCCCUUUCCUGAGUCUGUUCCUGAUUACCCCCACCACUCAGAUAUGGCCAAGUAUAUCAAAGACUAUGCCAGUCAUUUUGCACUGAAUGAGCUAGUUCAUUUUAACCUGAGGGUAGUCGGCAUUGAACAAGAGGGGGAGAAAUGGAAGGUGAUCUGUAACAAGGUAAAAGAAGAUGGGCAGACCAGCGCAGAGGGCACAGUUGUCUACACUUGCAGUUAUCUGGCCAUCACAACUGGGCAUCAUGCUAAGCCAAACUGGCCUAAAUUCAAAGGAGAAGAACUUUUUUCUGGCAAGAUAAUUCACUCAGUGGAUUACAAAGAUGCUGUCUACAAUGACUUUACUGGCAAGAGGGUGUUGGUGGUGGGCAUUGGUAACUCAGCUGUGGAUGCUGCAGUGGAUUGUGCCACAGCUGGAAGAUGUCCGAGUGUUUACAUCAGCAGCAGAUCUGGAGCUUGGGUAGUCCCUAACUACGUCCUUGGAGUUCCUACAGAUCUCUACGCUUGCAGGUUUUUCCUGUACCUGCCCAAGUCUGUUACCAAUUUUGUUUUUGGUGCUCUGAUAUCCCUUGUGCAAGGCAGUCCCUGGAAGUGGGGAUUGAAUCCCAAAAUGAAGGCCCUGGAGACGCAGCCAACAGUCAGCCCAACACUCAUUCAUCACAUCCAGAGAGGAAACAUCAAGAUUAAACCCGACAUCAAAGAAAUCAAGGACAGCACAGUACAUUUUGUUGAUGGUUCCACCGCAGAUGUUGAUAGAAUCAUCUAUUGUACUGGAUACAAGAUAGACCUGCCAUUUUUGCCAAAGUCUGUCAAGGAACAAGUCACUGUUGGAGAAUCAAAUGAAAUGCAGCUCUACAGGAAUGUGUUUUUGCCUGAGAUUGGUGCCAGUUUGGCUUUCAUUGGUUUUGUCCAGCCUGCAUCUGGUGGUUUGUUGACCAUGUCUGAGAUACAAGCCAGGUGGUUUUCAGAACUUUGUAAAGGGAAAAUUAGAUUACCGUCCAAGCCGGACAUGAAUGCUGAUAUAAAAGACAAACGGGAACUGUCUCAGCGCCGCUGGUACAAGUCAGCAAGGCACACCAUUCAGCAAGAUCCCAUUAUCUACACAGAUGAGAUUGCUAGUGUUAUUGGGGCCAAGCCAGAUUUGCUGAAGAAUCCAUCUUUAGCAUGGAGACUGAUGUUCAGUUCAUGUGGUGUCUCCCAGUGGAGGCUGAAUGGUCCACACAAGUGGUCUCAAGCAGCACAGCAGGUGAGGAAAGUUCCAAUUCCACCCCUGUGGAACAUCACUGGUUAUGCAUUGGUGCUCAUUAUACUUGGCUUGCUGUACAAGAUCAUUAUAUAUUUGGUGUAUCUGUUUUAG